ACCCGUAAUGUAUUUGCGAUCGCGCCAACGAGCAGCACAAGGGAGGCACGAGCACAUAAGCGAGGCGAUAGAAGCUGGUGUAGCGGCCGCGUGCGGUCGCAGAGAUCACGGAUCGUCGUCUUCGAGAGCUAAAGGUGGAACACAGGGUAAAGCGGCGAGCCGUUACCGCGAUCUAGCGUUAACACCGCAGCCGCAACCGCGGCCGCUACGAGGCGGCUCCGCAGGCAGGGGCACUUCAGACCUGGUGUACCUGAAACGCGGCAUGAGCGAGGGUGAACGAGCGGCUACCAUGCCACGAAUCGGCUGGCGAAAGCUCACCGAUCCUGGCGACUGACACGAAUCCAGGAAGCCGAGGGCAGGUCCGAAGCGAUAGCACCAACUACCGCUAUUCGCUCAUCAGCAUCCUCGUUCUCCUGCCGCUCUUUCGACCGUCAUCGUCGGUCCAUGGUCCUGGUACAGCCGCGAGACGGCCUUCAUAGUCCGUUGGACCUUGUCAUCAUUGUCGUCGUCGUCGUCGUCGUCGUCGUCGUCGUCAUUGUCGCGUCUCCCGUGCCAACUCGAUGCCGACCAAAUGCCGGAUAACGUGCCGUUAAGACCCGCUGCGAGGACCUUGAAGAGGGAUCCCGAAAUGGCGGGCAAUCGGUGUCGGUAGCAGACGGGGUUAACAUCCCGAAGAGCGCGACCGUUCAAACGGCACCCACGCCUCGUCGUACCUCGCAGCUCACCGAUCGUCUUCGGCAUUCUCUCCCCCUUCCCUUUCGUCUUCGCGUUUCAAUGUUCCGGCUGAAUUUUUAGUCACAUCGAGCUAUCUGAGGUGACCUUGAGAAGCGCCCACAUAUGGACAAUAAUUUGUUAGGUACUAAGGCUAGUGUUAAAUUAAAAUACGUACUAGUGAAGAAGCACAAGUAGAACAGAAGAGGCAGGUAGAGACAGGUCAAGUAAAGGAGGAAAAAUCUUUGAAGAUAGAAAUCGGAUGGACAAUAGAAGGAGAGAAAGAGAGAGAGAACGAGAAAAAUUAAGAUAAGAGGGAAAGAAAUAUUGCAUUAUUAAAGUUUAUCGAAGGAAAGAUUCCGUUCGUUUGAAAGUUUUCCAGACAGUUAGUCAGUUCCCUUGAAUCACGUUUCGGUUGAGCUGCAUUUUCUCGCGAGUAUGCCGCCGACACCGAAUAAGCUGAACCUGAGCUUCACCAGAAAUGCUUAUAGUGUUUUCGGUAGUCGUAAUGAGACUACCGUAAACGAGCAUCAGCGCGAGCAAAAGACGGAACUGCUAGAGGGUAGCAGAACCAAUGGCCUUCUGCAUUUGAAGAAUGGCGUGGAUUACAUCAAUCCCGGUGAAGAGGACCAAAUGGAAAUUUAUGGUUAUAGACGAAACCGUGUAUGGACCGUUAUUAUUUGGUUCCUGAUCAUUAUCACUGGAGGUCUCCUGAGGCUGGUAUUCCAUUGGGUGCCGCAUCUCAUGAUCUUAGCGACCCAUACCAAAUGUUCUUUAGAAGACGCAGAAACUGUUUUACUGAUUGAGAAGUUUCAAGGAAAACACACGAGUUAUUAUGUGAAGAAAUUGAGGAACUUGACCGCUCAGGAAGUUAUUAACAAAUCUUUUCACGAAGAAUCUCUGAUCGAUGAGACAUGGGAUGGAAGUGUAAUAACCACCAAAGAAGAAAAGGAUACAUGUCCAAUGUUGUCCGUGCAUCUUUGCGGGGGUCAAUUCAAACAGGUACCAUCCAUAACCAUUUUCAAUUGCAAGAAGUUGACCUAUGUCUGGGACCCGGAGAGAUCGGAAUUUUUGAAACUGCGUGGUCUCGACACUGAUGUUCUGAUAUCCACGUUGCAUCAAGCACAAGGUCUUAGUUCUCACGAACAGUACAUGAGGCGUAACGUUUACGGCAAUAAUGAGAUCGUGAUUCCCGUAAAGAGCAUAUUCACAUUGCUCUGUCUCGAAGUACUCAAUCCAUUCUAUGUCUUCCAACUGUUCAGUUUUUGUCUUUGGGUCGCGGAUGACUAUUAUUACUACGCCAUGGUCAUUCUCGCGAUGUCAAGUGCCGGCAUUACAAUGGCUGUCUUCCAAACGCGACGAAAUCAGCAUAAUUUACGCUCGACGGUGCAUUCGUCCGAUGUCGCAACAGUCAUGCGAGAUCGUACUACCGGUCAAACUGCAACAGUGCCGGCUGAACGCUUGGUGCCAGGCGACGUCUUGGUCAUUCCAUCACACGGAUGUUUAAUGCCUUGCGACGCUGUGCUGCUCACUGGCAACUGUAUUCUCAACGAGUCCAUGCUGACAGGUGAAUCCGUACCUGUUACGAAAACGCCAGUUCCUUCUUCCAAUGAUGUGAUAUACAAUACCAAAGAACAUGCUAGGCAUACGCUCUUUUGCGGUACCAGGGUUAUUCAGACGAGAUACUACGGAAGUGAGAAGGUACUGGCGGUAGUUAUCAGAACAGGUUUCAAUACCAGCAAAGGUGAUCUUGUUCGAUCCAUCAUGUAUCCCCCGCCCGUGGAUUUCAAGUUUGAGCAGGACUCGUACAAGUUUGUCGUACUGUUAGCAUUCAUAGCUAGCAUUGGUGUUAUUUAUACUGUUGUGACAAAAAUGAUGAGAGGCGUCCACGGCAGUCAUAUUGCUCUAGAAGCGUUAGAUCUCAUCACCAUUGUGGUGCCGCCGGCAUUGCCAGCUGCCAUGACGGUCGGACGUCUCGUGGCGCAACGUAGAUUGGAAAAGAAGAAAAUAUACUGCACAAGCCCACGAACAAUUAACGUAUCGGGAUCCAUCGAUUGCAUUUGCUUCGAUAAGACUGGAACGUUAACCGAAGACGGUCUGGAUAUGUGGGGCGUGGUGAGCGUAUCGGAGGGGAAGUUCCAGUUACCCUUCAAGGACAUCGCUAGUCUACCGUUGUCCGAGGUUCUUAUCGGCAUGGUCACGUGCCAUGGAAUUACCAUAAUCGAUAACCAAUUGGUGGGAGACCCGCUCGAUCUGAAAAUGUUUGAAUCCACUGGAUGGACGCUGGAGGAACCUGACGUGUCUGACACAUCUAAAUUCUCCAUGCUUUUCCCGACGAUCGUCAGACCAGCGAAGGAUUCCAAGCUUCUCAAGAGACUGCCCAACGAUUUCGGCGAUACGCUCAGUCGACAAAAUUCCUUGUCUUCCGACGUAGUAGACGGUAUAUCUCUUAACAAUCUCCGUUCGGACGCUACGACAGAAUUGGGCGAGCAAGGACUGGAAGUGGGUAUUGUCCGGCAAUUUCCUUUUACAUCGAGUCUUCAGAGAAUGAGCGUGAUUACUAGAACAUUGGGCGCAAAUCACUACGAUCUUUUUUGCAAGGGCAGUCCGGAAAUGAUCUUCAGUCUCUCAAGAGCAGAAUCCAUUCCUCCAGAUUUCACAGCCGUUUUACAAGAAUAUACCUCCGAAGGAUAUCGAGUAAUCGCUCUCGCCCACAAAUCCCUGAAUCGUCUUCCGUACGCCAAAGUGCAACGCAUAAAUCGUGAAGCCGCCGAGACUGAUUUAACAUUCUUGGCUCUUAUAAUUAUGGAGAAUCGAUUGAAACCUGAAACUUCACCGGUGAUUGCUGAACUGAACACUGCUUGCAUCAAAACGGUGAUGGUGACGGGCGACAAUAUGUUGACUGCACUUUCGGUAGCUAGGGACUGUGACAUCGUGAAACCAGGCACGCCAGUGAUCGCCGUCUCGACGAAUCAACAGAAUCAACCGAAACCGCAGAUUUAUUUCACAAAGAGCGAUAGUCAACCAUCACCGACUUCACCGAACGGUCAGCCUGAUCUCAGUGAAAUGACUGAUCUGAACAGCGUAGUUAGCUUGGAAACUGUAGAAAGCGGUUCUUUCGGCAAUACCAAGUUGGAGAACGAUAUCAAUUAUCUUUCGGACGAUGUUCAAUAUUCUAAGAACAAAUACGUGUUCGCGCUGACGGGAAAAACGUGGGCGUUAAUAAAGCAGUAUUAUCCAGAAUUGAUACCCAAGGUGGUCACUCGCGGUGCCAUUUUCGCGAGAAUGUCGCCCGAUCAGAAGCAGCAGUUGGUUCAAGAACUGCAGUCCUUAGGAUACUAUGUUGCCAUGGUGGGAGAUGGUGCUAACGAUUGUGGUGCGUUGAAAGCGGCGCACACCGGGAUAUCCUUAUCGGAUACGGAAUCUUCCGUUGCCUCACCCUUCACCAGUCGCGAGACCAAUAUCUCCUGCGUCUUGACAGUAAUACGCGAGGGUCGUGCCGCACUGGUAACCUCUUUUGGCAUUUUCAAAUACAUGGCUGCCUAUUCGCUCACGCAAUUCAUCUCUGUGAUGCUUCUCUACAGUAUCGAGUCCAAUCUAACGGACAUCGAGUUUCUGUACAUCGAUCUUUUCAUCAUUUCCAUAUUCGCUUUCUUUUUCGGCCGCACCGAGGCCUAUGAGGGCCCAAUGGUGAAAAUGGCGCCGCUCAAUAGCCUCAUCAGCACAUCGCCGAUACUUAGUCUGAUCACCCAACUUGUGAUCGUCGCAAUCUUCCAAUACAUGAGUCUUUGGCAUUUACGGCAAAUGUCGUGGUUCGUACCAUUCAACGCGACCGGAACCGAAGAUAAGGAUGACGUGGGCUGUAUGGAAAAUUACACUGUCUUCAUCGUUAGUUCCAUACAGUACAUUGUCCUGGCGAUAGCAUUUUCCAAAGGACCGCCGUACAGAAAGUCCCUCUUCACCAAUUACGGCCUACUCACCUCCUUCGUAUUCCUUAGUCUCUUCUCCAUCUAUCUCGCGAUAUGUCCCUUUCAGUGGCUGGCCAAGUGGUUCGAGCUCGUGUUGCCUAACGAUCUGGGCUUUCGCUUCAUCCUGGUUGGUUAUGGCGUGAUAAAUUUCGUGAUCGCGCUACUGGUUGAGUAUCUUUUUGUGGAGUACCUCGUGUUCGGUAAGCUGCGCUAUCGCUGGCACGACGUGGAUAAAUCUCGACGGAAGUUUCUAGCUAUCGAACGAGACAUGGCACGCGAUCUCAAGUGGCCGAUGAUCUCUCAGGAGCCGCUACCGGAAGUGGCGCCAAAUUUAUUAAUUCGGCAAAAUGUCACCGAGAUCAAGAUCGAAAAACGGAUCACCGAAUCAUGCCUACCCGCCGAUACCAGCUUCAUGAACAGCUCGCCGAUUUGUACCGGCUUCAAGCACUUCGGGUCCGCUCGCGAGGUUACCCUCAAUCCCAGAUCUCUCUUCAACGAUUGCCGAAAUACAGUGUCAAUGCAGACUGUGCCAUGCUUCGAGGACAAGGACUUAUCGCCGAAACAAUCGGAUGCGGAAACCACCGUGAAGCGACGGCACAAUUCGGAAUCGGCGAAUGGCAUUAAUCGUUACGAGAAGCCCUACAUGAAUCACAAUACCAAUCCCAUUGCGACUCUUCCUAGAAAUCCGAACGCGACUCUUCAGCCGCAGAAACUGAGGGACUUCAAGGACAUCUUGGUGCACAAGAGCGACGAUCGAGUGUCGUCUAAUACUCAGAACGUGCUUGAAUUAGAUAUCUUGCCGUCCUGAGGUUUGAAGCAUUUGAAAGAUAGGUCGAGAGGUAGCUGAAUCAAUCAUCGGACGGUCAUCAUAAAUUAAUUAAGCAUAUUAUUUGACAUAUUAUUUCUAAUCAACGCAUUUAGGGUAUCGGGUCGAUGUAAGGCAUAAUUUUAAAAAAGCCUGUACCUUUGGUACAACAACCUCGUGUUUUCAAAUGUCUGAUGCACUUGUAAUCUCGAUUUUCGAUAAGCUCUCCUUCCAUCCGAUUCUUGUGAUAGCUAGAAUGCGUACGAUUUGACGCGAUGAGUUGAUCAUGAUGACGACUAGUUUUAUGUAAGAAGUGAACGGUGCCCAGUUAGAAUUCUGUAUUCGAUCAGGCAAAUUCUGAAUCGAUGCAUUUAAUUGACAACGGUAUCCUCGACUUGGUGAUUAAUGACGUUACUUAAGCUACAUAUAAGAAUAAAUUGGAAGUUAGGACAGCAUUGUGUGUGAAGCUGUUUAGUCAUUAUCUGCGAUCUCUAGCUAUUCAAUUAGACCUGAUUAUCUCAUUAUUCUUUUGUAGAGCAGCUCAUCUUUCGCCUGGGAGUGAUUAGUAUUUAACAUGUAAUUUGUUGCAUACAUGCAUAUGUAACUUAUUACACUUAUUAAUAUGUAAUUUAUAAUCAUUAUUUAAUUUCCCGUAAAUAUCACUUUUUGACAUAGAAUUAUUUAUAUUUAUCAACUCAGGCCAGGGUUCCUUUUGACCCAUUCCUCCUUUAUCCCCUAGUCCUCUUCUUUCUUUUCCUCAUUCGUAGCCGAGAGCGGAAAAGUAUUAUUGUUAUUUAUCUUCAAAAGCAAGAAAUUGUAAAUUGUAUAUUGUAUAUUAUGCAAAGGUGAAUGCGCUCUGAACGGGAAGCGUAGCGUAUUGUGUUUUAAAAACGUUAAUAUUUACGGCAACGUUUAUUGCAGGAUCUUAGAAUGAAGCGAGAACUCCGAGAACAACUCGGCGUGAUAACACUGUCUUUUUCACUGCGAUUUAAAUAUUUAAAUAUUUAAGCUAAUUCGCGACUCUUAAAUCUCCAAAGUACGUUUAGCUGGGACGGAAAUUAACAAUAACUACCUGGCCGCUAUUCCCCGAGCACUCGUCUCGUUUCCCAAUGCAUUUUUAUACUUCCCAAUUUUAUUAUUGUAUUUAUUCAAACAGCAUAAUUGUACAGCGUAAAUAAUUUAUAGCGCAUACAUAGGCGCGUUGCAUUUUAUGGAACGAUGAGAUUCGAUGAGAAGUGAUUAUGAAUGAUGAUUGGGAUAGCAAAUUAAUUCGUUGUGCUGCUUGUUAAAUGUUCAUCUCGAAAGUAAUUCCACGACGAAAAAUUGAACUUAAACUAGAGAUGAUGUUGCAAAGAGUUUGGUGAUUGUCGGAGAUGUGCAUAUUUAAAUGUAUUAAAUAAUGGAAUUAUCGUGAAUACUAUGCGAUGUUAUAAAAUAGGCCAAAUCGAUAGCGAUAAAUUAGAUGUUAUCGUCAUUCGGAGCCGAUUAUGUACUGUUAAAUAACUACGUCAAAAUAAAGAAAAAUGUACUUACAAAGUAUGCGCAACGGAUAUAGAUACUUAAUCGCGUUGAUUCACUUACGACGCUAUAGUUCGUGUUGAAAAGUAGCGGUUGUCAAAUAAAAUUAUGUUUUUAAUGUA